ACCAUGAAGCUGUAAGCAGUUAAGCAUCACACGAUCACCACUGAAGGUUUGUUUCUCCGACAAUGGAGCUGACAUCAACGAUGACCAUGGCAAUGGCUUUGGCGGCCAUCUUGGCCGUCUUCGCCCUCAGCUCCGUCGCCUCAACACGCGGUCGCCGCCGUAAGGCCCUGAAGCUUCCGCCGGGUCCGUGGGGUUGGCCGGUGCUGGGCAACCUGGACGCGCUGGCGGGCGCGCUGCCGCCGCACCGCGCGCUGGCCGCGCUCGCGGCGCGCCACGGCCCGCUCAUGCACCUGCGCCUCGGCUCCUACCACACGGUGGUGGCCUCGUCGGCGGACACCGCGCGUCUCGUCCUCAAGACGCACGACUUCGCCUUCGCCGACCGCCCGGCCACCGCCGCCGGCGCGAUCACCUCCUACGGCUACCUCGGCAUCGUGCACACCCCGUGCGGCGCCUACUGGCGCAUGGCGCGCAAGCUCUGCGCCACCGAGCUCUUCUCCGCGCGCCGCGUCGACUCGUUCCGGCGCGUCCGGACGCAGGAGAUGCGCGCGCUCGUGCGCGGCCUGUUCGAGUGCCGCGGCGCCGUCGCUGUCAGGGAGCAUGUCGCCGGCGCCACGAUGCGGAACAUCCUCCGCAUGGCGGUGGGCGAGAAGUGGUCGGGCUGCUACGGCAGCCCCGAGGGCGAGGAGUUCCGGCGCACGCUGGACGAGGCGUUCGCGGCGACCGGCGCGAUGAGCAACAUUGGCGAGUGGGUGCCGUUGCUGGGCCGGCUCGACGUGCUGGGUUUCAAGCGGAAGAUGAAGCGCCUGCGCGACCUUCACGACCAUUUCUACGAGAAGAUCCUCGUCGAGCACGAGGAACGGCGGCGGCUAGCUCAAGCCGGCGGCGAGUUUGUGGCGAGUGACCUCGUCGACGUGCUGUUAGAGCGCGCCGACGCCGAGGAGGGCACGCAGACGCAGGAGUCGGCGGAGGCCAGGCUCCCUCGAGACGGCGUGAAGGCCUUCAUCCAGGACAUCAUCGCCGGUGGCACGGAGAGCUCGGCGGUGACGAUCGAGUGGGCCAUGUCGGAGCUUCUCCGCCACCCGGAGGCCAUGGCGGCCGCCACCGCCGAGCUCGACCGCGUGGUGGGCAGCGGGCGCUGGGUCGAGGAGCGCGACCUGCCGGAGCUCCCCUACAUCGACGCCGUCGUGAAGGAGACGCUGCGGCUGCACCCCGUGGGCCCGCUCCUCGUCCCGCACCACGCGCGCGAGGACACGGUGGUGGCCGGCUACGACGUCCCCGCGGGCGCGCGCGUGCUGGUGAACGCGUGGGCCAUCGCGCGCGACCCGGCGUCGUGGCCCGACGCGCCCGAAGCGUUCCGGCCGGAACGGUUCCUGGGCGGCGCCGCCGCCGCCGUGGACGUGCGCGGGGCGCACUUCGAGCUGCUGCCGUUCGGGUCGGGGCGGCGGAUCUGCCCCGCGUACGACCUCGCGAUGAAGCUGGUGGCCGCCGGCGUGGCGAACCUGGUGCACGGGUUCGCGUGGCGGCUGCCGGACGGGGUGGCGCCGGAGGACGUGAGCAUGGAGGAGCACGUCGGGCUGUCCACGCGCCGGAAGGUGCCGCUCGUCGCCGUCGCUGAGCCCAGGCUGCCGACGCACCUGUACGCCGCCACCGACUGAUCGGAAAUACGCUAUGGACGAAGAUUGGCGCACUUUUGACGUCAAAUUCUACUUCACUCGAUGCAUUGCAAUGUUCAAUAAAAGGAUCUGUUACAGCACUCGAAUUCGUGUGGUCGUUCAAUGAAAAGGAUCCAACGAUCCGUAUAUAGGCAUAUAGCCUCCUUCUUACCUCAUCAACCUCAGCCACCUCCUUCCCCGUGACCUCCCUCGUUGUACACAAACGAAAUGGCAGAGCAAGUAGAAAACUUCGUCCAAAACUUUGUAUGAAGGAGUAACAACUUGUCAAAAAAAAAGUUUGUGGAAACUACUUUUUCUAUAUUUCAGGUGUCUAAAUUUUAAGAUGAUUUCAUGCAACACUCUUGUACUAUACAAUUAGUACAAGUAAAUUGUUACUUUUA